AUGACCACAUCUGCCGAUACCAUCUCUCAACAAGUAUCCGCCGAGUUACAUGGAUCAGUGACCAUUAUUGUACUCGGUGCAUCUGGUGAUUUGGCCAAAAAGAAGACGUAUCCGGCUCUGUUUAGCCUAUAUCAAAAGGGGUAUUUGCCCGACGACACCCACAUCAUUGGUUACGCACGCACCAAGAUGACCAUUGAAGCAUAUCAUGAUCGUAUCACGCACUUUAUCAAAAUCAAGGAUGAGACCACCAAACAGCAGCUCGACAAGUUCAAGUCAAUGACAACCUACCAAUCAGGCCAAUAUGACCAAGAUGAAUCAUGGCAGACUCUUGAUACGACGAUCCACCAAAGCGAAGAACAAAGAGGCAUCUCCCCUGGCAAGCGGAACCGUGUAUUCUAUAUGGCUCUGCCGCCUUCGCUAUUUGUGCCUGUUGCCAAGGGUCUCAAGAAGAAUGUUUAUGCGAAGGAAGGAUUGACAAGAUUGGUUGUGGAGAAACCAUUUGGCAUGGACACUGAAUCUUCAAACCAGUUGGCACGUGAGCUCAACGCACUCUAUAGCGAAAAAGAGAUUUAUCGCAUUGACCACUACCUCGGCAAAGAAAUGGUCAAGAAUGUCAUGAUGGUGCGCUUUGCCAACAUCUUUUUCAAUCAAAUUUGGGAUCGCAAGUACAUUGACAACGUGCAAGUUACAUUCAAGGAGCGAGUGGGUACCGAGGGACGUGGUGGAUACUUUGACGACUUUGGCAUUGUGAGGGAUGUGAUGCAAAAUCAUCUUCUACAAGUGCUAUCAUUGAUUGCAAUGGAGCGGCCUAUAUCAACAGACGCAGAGGCGAUUCGGGAUGAAAAAGUCAAGGUGCUCAAAUGUAUUCCACCCAUUGUGCUUGAAGAUACAUUGUUGGGACAAUAUGUGGGUGCCAAUGGGAAGCCAGGAUACCUUGAGGAUGACACUCUCAAAAACAAGCAGAGCAAGACGCCAACGUUUGCAGCAAUGACGUGCUGGGUACAAAACGAGCGAUGGGAAGGUGUGCCAUUUAUUAUGAAAGCAGGCAAAGCACUUGAUGAUGCCAAGGUGGAAGUACGGGUGCAAUUCCGAAAUGUUGCAGGCAGCCUUUACAAGGGCUCACCAAGGAAUGAGCUUGUGCUUCGCGUGCAGCCACAAGAGGCGGUGUAUGUCAAAUUCAACAACAAGCAACCAGGGCUAUCCUAUCAAACCAUUCAAAGUGAUCUUGAUCUUUCCUAUCAUGAUCGUUACAAGGAUCUCGAUAUCCCUGAUGCAUAUGAGUCAUUGCUAUUGGAUUUGCUACGGGGUGAUCAUUCCAAUUUCGUACGAAAAGAUGAGCUGGAGGCAGCAUGGAAGAUCUUUACGCCUGUUUUGCAUGAAAUUGAUCGUCAGGGUGCCAACAUUGAUAUCAAGACAUACCCUUAUGGCUCGCGUGGACCCGAGGAAUUAACUAGCUUUGUACGUAAAUAUGGUUAUGAUCGCUCAGAUGCCAAUUAUGAUUGGCCUAUACAAAGCCUUUCUUCAUCAGGAAACCAAUAA